AGGACACCGUGACCUAACGCGCGAGCGGAUAGUACGGCCAUUAGGUGCACGGGUGCCGUUAUCCGUGCGUGCCGUAGAAACAGUUAGAUCAUCAUUGUUGCUAACUGCAUCUUCCUGCGCAUCUGGAUUCCGCCGUGAAUUACCGUCCGUUCGUACGUCCCGCGCCGAUUCGAUAUUUCGAAUAAUCGCCGUCGAUCGAUCGCGCGAGUGAUUAACGCAAGGAACUCGUAGGCACACUUGUUGUUUUUGCUGACGUCCAGUAACAGCGUAAUAGCGACAAAAAGAGAGGGGAUUAUUAUAAAGCUGAAAGUGCAGUACAAUUGUGGUGUGCUCGCGCGACAGUGGUUAUUCCAUCGCAGGAUAGAGGAGAGGACGGUAACCAACAGGCGUCGCGAUCGACAACUGUCGUUGUCGCAGUAAGGAUGGGUUAUCUAAAGUCGACCGGCAGUUUCAUCAUCUACGUAGGUCUGUUCUUGGCCUUGGUGACGUUCCUGCCGGGCCUGCCGCCGUAUGUGGAGUUCCACGAAUACAGUAUAGUGCUGCCGCGCAAUGUCGAUCCUAAGAUAGGUCCGAAGAACCGGCUACGUGGCGCCGAACGGUUGUACGUUGACGAGGUCCAAGGUGCGGAAUCUUUUGAUUCCUAUGAUGGCAAACUUUACAGCGGAGUUCAUGGCGGUUAUAUCGUUAGAUUGGAGGAAGAUCGCGUUGUGCCGAUCGUGAAGGUCGGCAAGCAAUGCGAUGGUAUUUGGCAAGAACACAUAUGCGGCAGGCCAUUGGGAUUCAAGUUUGAUAAGAAAGGCAACUUAUACAUAGUAGAUACUUAUUAUGGAGUGUACAAAGUAAAUAUGGCAACUAAGGAGUACAAAAACAUAAUAAAUAUCACUAAGCCAAUUGAUGGCAAAAGACCACAACUUCCCAACAGCAUAGACGUUGCAGAAAAUGGAGAUCUUUAUUGGACCGAUAGCAGUGCAGAAUUCCCUCUUUAUGAGGGAUUGCACACGUUACUAGGUAACCCAGCAGGAAGGCUUAUGCGUUUCAAUGCGGCUGAGAAGAAAAAUGAAGUGCUGUUGCGAGAUCUCGGAUUCGCAAACGGUGUUAAACUGAGCGACGACGAAAGUUUCGUGAUUGUAGCGGAAUCGGCGAAAUGUCGAAUCCUGAAAUAUCACUUAAAAGGACCAAAGGCCGGGCAACAUGAGAUCUUUGUCGAGGCUUUAUUAGGUCUUCCAGACAAUAUUCAUAGUGACGGUCACGGUGGUUUUCUCUUCACGACGGUCAUGGGUACCAGCCCUGAGCAUCCUUUGUUGACGCAUAGUCUCAUGCCGCAUCCGAACAUUAGAAAGAUGCUUUCGCGUUUGCUCUUCUUGAUAGAAAUGCCAUUUGAAUUGAUUCAUCGUUAUUAUCCUAAUGUCUAUGCAGAGAAAAUCAUGUACUGGAUCGGGUCGUUCCAAAUGUUAGGAUUUUUCGACAGCAUGACAAAAUCUAUGGUGUUUAGAGUAGAUGCUUCUGGUAACAUCUUAGAAAUUCUUUCCUCCGACGACACAGAUACGAUUAAUAGUAUCAGUUCGGCUUAUAUACACAACGGCUAUCUAUGGCUCGGUAGUCCAUGGAAUAAUAAUGUCUUGAGAGUACCACUGAAGCAGGCUUUCCCCGACCUUGCAGUCAACGGUGAAAAGAUGUCUUCUCGCGCCAAGAGCGAGAAACAGCCUUCGAAAGCCGCUGCUUCAGAUGCGAAGGCGCAAAGAGUGAAACGGGACGCGGAUUCCGCAACAACAGCACAGCCGGUCGAGUCGAAACCAACACCGAAGAAAACUACAUCGCCAAAGCCAACUGUCGCUCCAGCCACACCCAAGCCAACUCCUGCCUCUACAACUACAACGCCUAAGCCGACCGCUGCUCCUAAAACACCUAAACCAACCGCGGCUCCUACGACCACGCCCAAGCCGACCGCCGCACCAAAAGCAGUUCCUAAAGCCGAGAAACCUACUACCGCGGAAAGUAAAGUUAAAUCGUCGGAAACUAAACGAGCCUCGAAACCCGAGAAUGCCAAAGACAACGUAAAAACAGAUACAAAGUCAAACGUACCAAAUGAGAAGCCCAAAACGAACGAUAAAACGCGAGAGAAUACUGCGAAGACUAGUACAAAGUCUGACAAAAAUGUGAAAGUGGAACAAGAUGCUUCCGCGAAGGCACAGAAAGCGAAUCCGAGAAAGUGAAAUAGAUAGUAACCAAACCGUCCAAGAUUCUAACAAGAAAUAAAAGAGAAGAAAUUCCGAUAAGAAACAAAAAGACAAAUUCUUCCUCCUAAUAAGGAGCAAAUAGCGACACACAUAUACACACACACAUACAUAUAGUAUAAUAUUAUUAAGCGAUAUACUACUAGCAAUUCGAAAAUACUAUUUUCAUGAAAAAUUGAUCCAAGGUUAUAUAGGAUUGUCAGUUUUUCGCGAAAGAUAGACUACAUUCAGCAAAGAAAGCUGCUGUUGUGAAAUUCGUAAAUUUGAUGUAUGCUCUAAGAUCCGUAUUCUGAAUUGUCUUUUAUUGCUAAAAGCGUCUUUAAAAGUAGCCUGAAAAUAACCAAUUAGAAGAACUUUUAAAAACACUUUUAAAAACACUUUUGUCCAUAAAAGAGAAUUUAGAAUGAAAGUCUUAAUCUUGACUGAAUCUAGAAACGCACAUCAAUCGCGAAUUUUACAACUCCAAUGCAAUUUUUUCUGCUGAAUGCAAUUAUAGAUUCGUUUCGUGUAUAUUUGCUCAGAAACGGAGUCAAAUACAACAAACUAUUAUGUAUAUACAUUCCAGAAUGGAACAAAAGCCAACGCAACAAUGGACAACGCAUUCAAUGUUAACCAAGCUAACUAAGUACUAACACUCUUCAAUAAGCGCUCAGUAAACUUGUGAAUUUGAUUGGUUUGUACUUUUAACCUUGGCCAAAUCUAAAAGUAUGUACCGGUUAUUCAAAAGCUCACUAACCGCUCAAUGCACAGUUAUAGUACUGAAUGCAUGCAAUAUAUAUGCAUGCAAUAUAGAACAUUGCCUGUUAGCUUUAUUACACUGACUUAUUAACGAUAGAUUUAGAGAGAAUGUUAGUGUCUGUGAUGCGUGUGUGUAUAUAUACAUAUAUAUAAGGUUGGAAAUCUUGUUGUUUUUGCAAAUUUUACUAUCCACACAAUACACACAUAUAUAUAUAUGUACGUAUGAUUCUGUUGUUUUAGUAUAUGCGCUACAUAUAAUUUUUAUAUUUAUAUAUUCUACUUUUAUACGUUUGCAAAAAGAUUAAAAAGCUCAUUUGAGCAAUAAAUAAGACUAAUGAUUUUUUUUUAACAUUUCUUAUUGCCUUCGUUAGUGUAGUUAUUGACAUUCUGCCUUUGCACUCUAUUUUAGUUUCAAGAGUGAAUGCACAGAAUGAUUAUUAAAUAAUUACAAUAAUUAAUUGAAAAACUAAUAUUUAACAGCAACAAUCAGCGAUACAUUGUAAUUGACUGUAUAACUAAUGGUUCUAUGUGCGACUAUAAGGUUGUCUUGUAUCUCAUUAUGUACAAUAGGCGAUCUUUCGUUAAGUUUAUCUAUUUCUAUUUUUAUAAUUACGACUCUGUUUUAUUGUGGUAUAGGGAAUAUCUACCAAAUAAGUCGUAUCUGUAAGUGUGGGUACGUUGGGUGAGAGAAAGAACAUAACUUGUGAACAAGUUACAGCAUUACACAAUGUAAGUAAAACAGAGAACUCGAUUCUGUUGAAGCUGAGUGACACAUAUGCGCCAAAAUUAUAACUCAAUAAUUUUGUUAUAUUGAACUGUAAAGUAAUCCAUAAGAAGUUGUACAGUUUAACAAAUAUAAAAAUAAAACAAGGCUUUUAAAUA